AUGAAUUAUAAUUGUCCUUACUGGGAUAAUAAAGAUUUAUUAUUAUUAACUCUAUUUGUAGGUGGGUGGUGGGAAGUAAAAGAAUUUGAAAGUAUAGUUGGAAAUGUGGCUAUAGAAAUGAGUGAUAUGAGAUAUGUAAGUGCUAUGGAUAAUGGUGGAUUUACAUUGGGUGAUAAGAUAUCUAAAGGUGAAGGUCCAGAUCCAGUUGAAAUAUUAACGGCUAUAAAAAUAAACGAUACCAAGAUAGCCUUAAAAUCCGGUUAUGGUAAAUAUCUUGGUGUAGACACAGAUGGGAAACUUAUUGGUAAAGCUGAAGCUGUUGGAAGUCGAGAACAAUUUGAACCAGUCUUUCAGGAUGGUAAAAUGGCAAUAAAUGGAUGUAAUGGAAGAUUUGUAUCUGUGACUAAAGAUGGUGAUAUUAUUUGUAGUUCUAAAACAGCAGGAGAUACAGAAAUGAUCAAGAUUAGGUCUAGUAUAAGUCUUGAACGUGAUCCACUGGAAGAUAUACCUAAAGAAGAAAGGGGAACUUUAAAAGAAUCAGAAAUCAAAUAUGUGAAAAAGUUUCAGAGUUAUAAGAACAACAAGUUAAGAAUCAAUGAGAAUUCAGUAGGUGAAUUGAUUAAAGCAAGACAAACGGGAAAACUUCAUGAAUCUCUGUUAGACAGGAGGGAGAAGAUGAAGGCAGAUAGAUAUUGUAAAUAA